CUUCCGGCAUACGUAACACCGAGACUUGACAGUUCGAUUAAGCAAAGCACAUCAAGCAAUCGAAAUUUCUCGUUUACAGCGAUAUUCUGAACAUAGAAGAGUAUAUUCACAUAUCUGUCAUCCUACUAUUAUACUCGAAAAUGCCUGCAGAUUUUGUUGGUUUCUUCAAAGACUUCAUGGCCGGCGGUAUUUCAGCGGCAAUCGCGAAGACCGCCGUUGCGCCAAUUGAACGUGUGAAGCUGCUGCUACAACUUCAGAAGGCGUCGAAGCAAAUUUCGGCAGACACAGAAUAUAAGGGAAUUAUUGACACUCUUCUGCGAAUUCCAAAAGAACAAGGAUUUUUAAGUUAUUGGCGAGGAAAUCUCGCUAAUGUGCUUCGGUAUUUCCCAACCCAGGCGCUCAAUUUUGCUUUUAAAGAUGUGUACAAAAAAACGUUUAUGGGUGGCAUAGACAAAAACACCCAGUUUUGGAGGUACUUUGCUGGUAAUUUAGCAGCUGGAGGAGCUGCCGGGGCAUCAUCAUUGUGCUUUGUGUACCCAUUGGAUUAUGGCAGAACCAGAUUGGGGGUGGACGUGGGGAAAGGGCCGGGCGAACGAUUGUACCAUGGUCUCAUUGAUUGCUUAACAAAGACCGUCAAGUCUGAUGGAAUUGUUGGCUUGUAUAGAGGCUUUCUUGUCUCAGUGCAAGGCAUCAUCAUUUAUCGCGCGACUUAUUUCGGGUUCUUCGAUACAGCCAAGAGUAUGCUCCCAGAUCCGAAGAACACGCCGUUCUUGAUCUCAUUUUUGAUUGCACAGUGCGUGACUACCUUUGCGGGAUUUACAUCGUAUCCCUUCGACACUGUCAGACGUCGCAUGAUGAUGCAAUCAGGACGCGCGAAGGAGGAUAUGAUGUAUAAGAAUACCAUGGACUGUUGGAGGAAGAUCUUCAAAGAUGAAGGUGCACGUGCCUUCUACAAAGGCGCAUUUUCGAACAUUCUUCGAGGCACUGGCGGCGCCUUAGUACUUGUGUUCUACGAUGAAUUCAAGAAACUUUUUGGAUAAUUUCUAGUAACAGGUAUUUAAGGAUUUGCUUAUCUUCUAUUUCAGUCUGUGCAUCUUGGUCACUCUGCAGUUUCAAUGUGCGGGUAUUUGCCAUUGUUGUUUUCAGUUUAGGUCACUGGAGUUCAGGUUUCGUGCUGUGUGGAUUGUAUAAUUUUGUGCGUUUGUUCUGUUGAUAGGUUUUUGCAGCCCAUGCGUCGGCGCGUUUAGUCACAAAGUCAAGAAGUUCCUUUAUAAUCAGAUUUUUCUGUGAUGAUUUGAUUUGUGAUUUAAUAUACUUGAUGGAAAUUA